AUGAUGAUGAGGUAUCAACCGUUGCGGCUUCGCGUCGGUGUUGUUGUCCCUCUCCCCUGUUCCGAUCACCGCUCAGCAGUCGACACGUUCGCUGCGCGGUUCACGGCAGAGAGCAGACGCUGGAGGUGUCGGGAGUUGGUCACCUUGGCCGUGGUCUUCGUCGCUGCCGUAGUCGUCUGGAGGUGGGUUUCGAGGAGGAGAUACCACUGGAAGCAACAAGAGAGGCAUGACACCGCCGACGCCCGUUCGGUGGAUGAGGACGACGACCUCGAGUCCAGGGGCGACGACGUGGUCAAUCCUGAGGGCUCCGACAUCAAUUCCGUCGCGUCAGCAGGCGCUGACUUCCUAUCGACACGUGGAGACAUCGAGUCUAGGAGGUCUGAUAUCGAGUCCGGGAGCUCGGGUGUCCAGUCAAGAGAGGCUAUCGGGGCCGCCGGCGACUCCUCGCUGAGUGGGGAGGAGAAGGAAUCGGCUUCUGAGAGGUCUAGCUGCGACACGUCGGCAACCGUUCGAACGCACCACCCAGAUGACACCGACAGCGGAAGUCUGGGAUCGGAAAUUUCGGCGGCGGCGACGGCGGCUCAGGCGGAGGCGGGCUCUCUGCCCUCCGACCGCAAUGGUUCGAGGUUCAGCACGGAGGAGGCACAGCCGUCGACAGGAACCAACUCGCCAGCAAUGGCAAUGAGGAAAGAGUCGUCCAGACACUCCUCGCAGUUGGAGUUCGAUGUGUUGCACCACGGUAGCAGCGGCAAUAGCAGCAACAACAGUGUUUACAGCCGCGACGGUGAGAGAAGCGGUGAUCGUGACGGCGGCGAGCUGGGCGGACAUUCCGUCAACCAUGAUGUCCUCGCGGACGCCCUUCAUGGGUCACGCAUCGCGGCGGGUGAGCGAGAGGGGCAACUGGAGAGGUCUGUGACGCACGGAGAACUUGAGCGGUCCUCUGGGUCGGUGUACGGUCAUGACGACCAGGGAGCCUCCACCGAGGGUAGCGGAGGGGGAGCAUCACUCUCGACCAUCACGGAGGACAGCUAUGAAAAUGAAGAUGGUGACCAGGAGGAGGAGGAAAAGGAGGGGGCCGAGGAGAAGGAUCAGGAAUACGAUGAGGGGGGGGAGGACGAGGACGGCAAUGUUGGGGACUACUCUAUGCCUUCUUCGCACGGCUCCAUGCCUGAGCUAGUGAACGAAAACGAGGUGGAGCCGCACUUAACCCAGACCAGGACGAACCGACUGGUCGAGAUUUUCCGCAACGCACCGCUGAUGUCCACGGCCGUCCGCGACAUCUACAUCGCGCGCCGCUGCGACCUCGACCUGUCCGCGACUGACUCGAACGACGACCUGUCCAGGGAGAGGGUUAUCGGUGCCGGCUACUACGGCCGCGUGAGCCGCGUGUACCACGAGUCUCUGGGAGAGGCUCUGGCACUGAAGGAACUAUCGGAGGAGGCCGGAGACGAGCACCGAUCUGCCGCGCGGAACGAGAUGGACACGUUCCUGAGCCUGGGGAUGCACCCCAACAUCACGAAGGUGCUGGCCAUCAACAGCGCCCUCCCAUCCAUGCCCAUCCUCAUGGAGCUGGGCUACUGCGACAUGGUGGAUGUGCUGGAGAGCCCCGACGUGUCAAUGCCCCACAAAAUGGGCAUUCUCUACGAUGCUGCGUGCGGCCUGGCGCACAUUCACGACCACAACAUGGUCCACCGCGACAUCAAGGCCGCCAACAUCGUGGUGAUGGUGAAUGAGGACGGCAGUGCGUCGGGAAAGGUGGCCGACUUUGGGCUCACGUGCGAGAAAGGGGAAGUGACGCCGUCGAGGACGGGGACGCCGGGGUACAUCCCCUCCGAACUCGUCUGGAGUGCUGUGGAGGCCGGGCCGGAGAACGACGUGUUCUCGUUCGGAGUGCUGAUGUUGGAGGUAUUCAUUCAACCCGAUUUGUGGGAGCAAAACAUGUUUGUUCACAGGUUCUUGCUCUCCGAUGACGAAAAAGCUGACUUCGCUGAUCUCGGGGGUGGCAACGUUGCGGGCAUCCUCGACCUACAGUUCGAAGUGAUGGCGAGGACUCUUGGUGAUGGAUCCUUCGGGAGGGAGAUCAUGCAGCCGGAGAACCUCGCGGCGUCGGUACCGUACCGCUAUGCUGUGUGCGGUUGGCUGCAGGCGUGCCUCUGCCAGCCCCGUGACCUCCGCCCAAGCAUGGCGUCCUUGGUCAACAUGCUCAAGUGCCUCAAGGAGGGCAGGGAGCCGCCUCCGAUGGCAAUGCUGUUGUACAUGUGAAAGACCAAAGGGCACAGACGAUAAUAGAAAGGAUGAUGAAGAAGCGGGCGGUGAUGUGGGUAGACGUACACCUCACUCACCCUUUCAUUGACGUGGUGACCCACCACCCUUUUGGGUCUAAUUUGUCGCUCUGUCUGCACCACUAGCCCGUGUGUCACAUCGAUCAACAUGUGUUCACCCCGAGGAAUGAGUAUUGAACCCUUUCGUGUUGUACCACGACUUUGCUAUUCUAGAGUGGCAGCAGCGGGGCGACAAGGCUAGCCAAUCUGAAUGAAACAGAGGUGUUCGAGAGGGAGAGGGGGGGGGGGGUCGUGUGUGUGCGAACACACCUCCACCUUAUUCCUGCACGAGAUAGCUGAAGUUGGUGCCCUUCUUGGCAACCGUGCGCCCAUGGUUCAUAUGGAGCAAUCAAUGUGAUGAUAUUUCUGAAUAGAAAACCUGGCCUAGCUCCCGUGGACAGGGAAGGUGCAAAGUGUCUGUCAUAUGUACGCACGCAGGAGGAAGGUAUCUCAACUUCACACCUCUCUAGUUGCUGCAAACACGUUGGUUAUUGCGUUUCUGCUUGGGUGCUUGGCAUGAAUGCGCUCGGUCAUCUUUCGGAGUGACGAGUUGCGAAGAACAAUAGAUCCGAAGUUGGGUUGACGUUUAGAUCAUGGCAUGAAACAUAAUGUGAAUUUACGUGUGUGGAAUUCUCAGAGAGCGGCGGCGAUGAAAGAAGCGCAAUGCACCGCGAGUGUUCCCCGUACAAAUAGCAGAGGGCGGUGUCACUGUUGCGUUUCUAAAGUUGUUCCGAUAUCUGUGCUGGUAGGCCUUCCCCGCCCCCUUCUCGGUCGAUUGUCCUCCAAAUGGAAGUUUCUGCUCACACCUUGUUUGGAUGGUUUUGUCUUCGUGUUGGACCUUAGCCGUGCCGUGUCACCGUUCAUGUGGGUGUAUGUAAGGUCGAGUCUUUCUUCGGGCGUGUGUCGUCCACGUUGUUGUAGGGUU